GCGCCGGAAGGAGGAGACAAUUUCUCUACUCUGUCCUGAUUGCACCGCACACAGCUACCUCGGUGCAUUUUGUGUGCACCCUCUCCUUUUUAUUUCUUCAUUCAUACAGGGAACCAAGGGGACUUCUACAACACCCUGCCGCCUUCUCGACAACCUGUCCUAUUAACACAGCAACAUCCUGGAGUAGUCGACGGCUUCAUCCAUGCAUUGGAGUCCUUGUCCCCAGCGCACCGGCUCCGGCUUCAGCCAUGUCGGACAGGAAUGCAGCGGCUGGCGGCGGUGACAGAGCGAGAGGCGAACCGGCAGGGUCUGUGAAACAGAGUGGAUAAUAGGAGCCAUGGAUAUCAACCGCAUUAGAUGUGCUGGUUGAGGAGAACCAUAGUGGUUCUGUGUCUUUGCCCAGCCUGAUGACCCCCUCCUCAGCUGCUUGCAUGUCCUUGAGCAUGGAGAUGCCCCGGAAGCGCAAGGGCAGCUUAGACAACCAGGAUACAAAAUCUUCUUCCAUCCCUGACGCAGAUAUGGAAGACGACCAAAACAGGUCAGAUGGAGAGGACCAAAAUGUCAAAAUUAAAUGCUUCAGGGAACCGCACAGCCAAAUUGAGAAGAGAAGACGGGAUAAAAUGAACAAUCUAAUUGAUGAACUAUCAGCCAUGAUCCCUACCUGUAACCCCAUGUCCCGUAAGCUGGACAAACUCACUGUGCUCAGAAUGGCCGUGCAGCACCUCAAAUCUCUCAAAGGUUCAGCAAGUUCUUUUUCUGAAGCCAACUACAAACCGUCGUUCCUUCCCAACGAGGAGCUCAAACACCUUGUCCUCAAGGCUGCAGAUGGAUUCCUGUUUGUAGUGGGCUGUGAUCGUGGGAAAAUAGUUUUUGUCUCAGAGUCCAUCACGAAGAUAUUAAAUUAUAGUCGGGCAGAGCUGAUUGGACAGAGCCUGUUUGAUUACAUACACCCAAAGGACAUGGGAAAAGUGAAGGAGCAGCUGUCCGCUUCUGAAUUAUACCCUCGUGAACGGCUAAUAGAUGCUAAAACCGGUCUGCAGGUCCAGGCUGACCUCCCAGUCGGUGCAGAGCGGCUGUGUUCGGGCGCACGCCGCUCAUUCUUCUGCCGAAUGAAGUACAACAAAAUUUCUAUCAAGGUGGAGGAGAAGGAAUUCCAAGCCAGCACCUCCAAAAAGAAAGAGUCGCAGAGGUACUGCACGGUCCACUGUACAGGCUACAUGCGCAGCUGGCCUACCAGUCAUUUGGAAGUGGAUGGGGACGGGGAGCCAGACAAGCAGGAUAGCUCCUACUACAGCUGCCUGGUGGCGGUGGGACGCAUCCACUCCCACUCAACUCCCCAGGUUAAUGGAGAGGUCCGAGUUAAACCCAUAGAGUUCAUCACACGCUUUGCCAUGGAUGGAAAAUUCACCUUUGUCGAUCAAAGAGCGACAACUAUUCUUGGUUAUCUUCCCCAAGAAUUGCUUGGGACAUCAUGCUAUGAGUACUUCCAUCAAGACGACUUACCACAUUUAGCUGACAGACAUCGAAAAGUGCUGCGGAGUAAAGACAAAAUAGAGACAGACUGCUAUAAGUUCAGAACUAAAUUUGGCUCCUUUGUCACUCUGCAAAGUCAGUGGUUUAGUUUUGUCAAUCCCUGGACCAAAGAAGUAGAAUACAUAGUGUCAACUAACACAGUUAUAUCGUAUGAUCCCAGUCAAACCAGUCGGUCGGAAGUCAAGUCUGAACUGUCGAGCAAUUCCAAGACUUCUGAAGAUGAUUGCAACAAGUCCCUUCAAGUUAUACUAGGCAUCUCCACCACACCUGGAGCUAUGAUUUACGCUGGAAGCAUAGGGACCCAGAUCGCCAAUGAACUGCUGGAUUUCAACAGGAUGAACUCCUCAUCUUCCAGUGGCAGCAUCAGCCCGUUCAGUCUACCACAGGAUAAGUGUCCACAAACUCACAAUCAAAUCAGCAACAAUGUGCCAAAUGGAGGGGCUACAGACAUGGAGAUUCCAGGAAAGUCCAGCUCGGAGGAUGAGCCCCAAGGAGCUGCAUUCUCAGGAGGAGAAUCCCUCAUGGUGGAGAAUUCCCAGCUGGAUUUGGACAGCGUGGUUGGACCGGGCCUUAGCAGUCUUAGCAAUGAUGAAGCAGCCAUGGCGGUGAUCAUGAGCCUCCUGGAGACGGACACAAACUUGGGCGAGGCUGUGGACUUUGAAGAGAUGCACUGGUCUUCAUAGAAUCUGCUCUAAUGGUGUGAUGUUGUAGCACACUGAAAAACACUCGGCCAUUAUUUUUGUGAUGAGAACUGCUUGAGUGCUUACUCUUACUUAAGCCAGCAUUCCUUUUUGUUACAGGACCUUUUUUUAUUUAUUGGUAACCUUUUUCCACAUAAGCUGUGUAGUCUUCGUGUGGCUCCUCCUACAGGGAGUGGGAUCAAAGACAAUAAGGGACACCUGCUUUCCCUCUUCAGAAGGAGGAUGUGCCUCGAAAGCCUUACAGCGGUCUGCCUGCCCUGAAACGCUGUUCCUCACUGCUUUCCUUACUCAUCUACUGUCAUCCUCUGUUUAACUGAAGAGGCCUCACAAGGUUGAAGAACCCAUGAACACAAUGCACAGUGACAUACAUCAUGAUGGCUCUGGAUUUUCUCCUUCACCUACAUUUGAACGAAGGUUGGGAGUGACGAUGCAAAAGAAAUUUGCACUGAAUUUGAUCCCUUAAUUAGGUACUGUAUGUUUAAUUAUGCGGGGGAUG